AUGGGCUCCGUGACUUCUGCUCUAACACGGACAAGAAAUGCGUUAGUGAAAGUGGGUUCAGAGCCGGAGAACCAUGACCCGGAGAGGAGCCGGUCCGCUCCGGAGUCGGACCGAACCAGGAAGAAGAGCGCGCGGUUCAACGUCUCGUGCCAAACCGGACGCCAGAGUUCCCGACAGUCGCUGUCCGAGGUGCUGAGCAGACAAGACGCCGACGGAGCCAAACUUACUAAAAAUACUUCUGACGUGGCAAAUGAAGAUGGGGAGAGUUCCACCAGACCGCAGGCACAUUUUGCACGCUCAAAGUCUCAGAGUGCUUUGUGGAACGCCAUCACAGCGGGGAUGGGCAUCAAAGGCAAAGAGCAGAAGGCCCCCCUAAAUGACCUACGGAGUCCCGAAGAGAUUCUGGCCGACGAUCUUCCUGCCACAGAUGAACCAGAUGCCACAGAGAAAACGGCCAUAAGAUUACGAUGUCUGGUGAAGCAACUGGAGAGAGGAGAGGCUUCCCUCACGGAUCUCAAGAAGAACCUGGAGUACGCGGCGUUGGUGCUAGAAUCUGUUUAUAUCGAGGAGACGAGACGUUUGGUGGACACAGAAGAUGAGCUCAGUGACAUCCAGUCAGAGUCGGUGCCCUCAGAGGUGCGGGAUUGGCUGGCCUCCACCUUCACGCGCCAGAUGGGCCUGAUGCUGCGCCGCAAUGAAGAGAAACCUCGCUUCCGCAGCAUCGUCCACGCCGUCCAGGCUGGCAUAUUUGUUGAGAGGAUGUACCGACGCACCUCCAAUAUGGUGGGACUCAGCUACCCCCCUUCUGUCAUAUCUGUGCUUAAGCAUGUGGACAAGUGGUCGUUUGACGUGUUCGCUCUGAAUGAGGCCAGCGGGGAUCACGCACUUAAAUUCAUAUUCUACGAGUUGCUGACAAGAUACGACCUCAUUAGCCGUUUCAAGAUCCCGAUCUCUGCGGUGGUGUCAUUCGUGGAGGCCCUAGAAGUGGGAUACAGCAAACAUAAAAACCCCUACCACAACCUGAUGCACGCUGCUGAUGUCACACAGACUGUACACUACUUGCUACUCAAGACUGGCAUGGUGCAUUGGUUGACUGAGCUUGAGAUCUUUGCCAUGAUCUUUGCGGCGGCGGUGCACGACUACGAGCACACGGGGACCACAAACAACUUCCAUAUUCAGACAAGGUCGGACACAGCUAUCCUGUACAAUGAUCGCUCAGUGUUGGAGAGUCACCAUGUUAGCGCAGCCUACCGCCUGCUGCAGGACGACGAUGAGAUGAACAUCCUCUACAACCUCUCCAAGGACGACUGGAGAGAGCUCCGGGCUCUGGUGGUAGAGAUGGUGCUGGCCACAGAUAUGUCCUGCCACUUCCAGCAAGUUAAGACCAUGAAGAACUUCCUACAACAGCCUGAGGGCAUUGACAAGCCCAAAGCCCUGUCCCUGCUGCUGCACACAGCAGACAUCAGCCACCCGGCCAAAAGUUAUGACCUCCACCACCGCUGGACCACCUCCCUACUGGAAGAGUUCUUCAGACAGGGGGACAAAGAAUCAGAGCUUGGGCUGCCGUUCUCUCCGCUCUGCGACCGAAAGUCCACAAUGGUGGCCCAGUCCCAGAUCGGGUUCAUUGACUUCAUCGUGGUGCCCACUUUCACCGUGCUGACGGACAUGAUGGAACGCAUCAUCAAACCUCUCAUCGACGAGGCCUCCCAUUCAGGUUUUGCCGGCUUCAGACGCUCAAGUCUGAACAGUCUCGGCUCAGACGAGGCCAAGAGGCACAGUGUGAAGAGCUCUGAUAGCAGCUCAUCGGGACAAAGCUCUCUGCUGACGGUGGACCUGAAGAACUUCAAGGCGUUGUGGAACGAAGAGGUGUACCAGAACAGAGAGAGGUGGAAAGCUCAGGCGGCUAAAGAGGCGGAGGAGAGAGCUAAAAGGGAAGCGGAGGAGCAAGCCCAACAGGAUGAGGCUAUGGAGCCCCAGGAGGUCCACACAGAACCAGAACAGCCUGAAUCAAAGGAGGGGGAUGAGGGGGAGGAGCUUGAGUCAUUGGAGGUCAGACCACCAGAUGGUAACAUGGGGGAAACAGAGCAGGGAGCGCAGCCUGGAAGCGCCACACACAAGAAUCCUCCACUUCAGAACGGAGACUUGUCUAAAGGGUCUGUAUCUCCAGAGGGUGAAGAAAACAAGAACAAAGGAGACGAUGGUGAGUUUAUUCCUGCAGCCCACAACCUUUGA